UCAUGAUCAUAUAAAAUAAAACAAAACACUAAGUUGAGAGUAAUUAAAUUUCACAAAACGAUACAUAUUCCUAAUGGCUACUAUGAAUGCUAUAAAACCAGACAAUCGCGAGCGGACAUCAUAAACUCAUUGCGUUGUUUCGUGAGCGUUCAUUAUUGCCUUAUUGCUUGUUUCUGUUUGAACCUGUAGAGUAAUGGCGAGUUGGGAAGGUGGAGCACCAGCAAUUGGAAUUGACUUGGGCACCACAUACUCAUGUGUUGCUGUAUGGAAAAACAACAGAAUCGAGAUCAUACCCAAUGACCAAGGAAAUCGAACGACGCCAUCUUGUGUUGCUUUCACUGAUUCUCAACGUCUAGUUGGUGAUGGUGCCAAGAAUCAAAUUGCAAGGAACCCUGCUAAUACUGUAUUCAAUGCAAAGAGGUUGAUCGGCCGGAGGUUCAGUGAUGUCAUGGUGCAGGAAGACGUAAAGUUAAUGCCAUUCAGGGUCAUAGAAGGGCCCGGCGACAUGCCAAAAGUUGUUGUUACUCAUAAGGGUCAUGAACGACAAUUUUCUACCGAGGAAAUUUCAUCAAUGGUUCUAGUCAAGAUGAAAGAGAUUGCGGAGGGAGGCAUAUAUCGGUUGCACUGCUGUCAUCACUGUCCCGGCUUAUUCCAAUGA